GCUAGACCAAGUACCAAACCACCUUGAUUGAUUACUGCUGUGACUGGGACAAACUUUUUUUUAAUGGGAAAUUUAGAGUUCAGUCGACCUCAUGACACGUGUCACUCUAAGCCCUACCCCGCUGAUAAUUAGAAGUCUUAUCCUCUUCUGAACUCCCAACUCCAGUCCAGACCCUCUUAAUCCAACAAGGCCGGAAGUCUUCUCUCAGGAAUCCAUCGAUCUCCUCUUCGGUCCUAAAUUUCCACUUGGUCCUCUGCAACCGUCUGAUUUCCUGUUUCCCCUCCCUGCCUGCUGGAGACAACCACAAUGAGUGAGCAUGUCAGGCGAGGUACAGCGACAGAAGAACAUCAAUCAGAGCAACAGCGCUUGGGUUCUGUUGGCAAAUCGCAGAAACCUAGCGCCCGCCGAAGAUCUCUGACCUACAAACAUCUGAACGCACUCGCCGUCGUCAUCGUCUUCUCUGUUACCGGAAUGGUAAGCAUCGAAGACUUUGCUUUCGUAAUUUUCUCCCUCAUUUACGUGCAUUUCCUCUCCAAAUUCGUGUUCCCUUUGCUCACUCCCUCCCCGGAGCCCCCUACCUUAGGCGUAAGCAAUAAGCUUUUGGGCAUCUACGUCUCCAUUUCUGCCUUAAUUGGGAUCUUCCUCCCAAUUGCGUACAUCCUGGAAGGGAUCUUGGAAGGCGACCAGGAAGGCAUCAAGGCAGCCGUUUCUCUCGUUUUCCUGUUAUGCAGCCAAAUAUUCAUGGAAGGAUUGACGUUCACGGACAGAUUCUCGAUCCCAAUCCGGGUGUUUGUGCCAGUGUUUUACAAUACGAGGAGGAUAUUUACCCUAGUGGAUUGGUUGAAGAGUGAGAUUGGUGGGUCGACGAGGAGAUUGUAUGUUGGAAGAGGCCUUGCGGUUGCCAAUCUGGUCUUCUGGUGCUUCAAUCUGUUUGGGUUGCUGCUGCCUGUUUUUCUCCCCAGAGUUUUCAAGAGCUAUUAUGGGUACAAGGUAAAGCCUUGAGAUGUUUCCUUCUCCUCUGCCUCCUAUGAGAGUACAUACAUUGGAGCAGAGUGCAGAGCAUUCGUACUCUUUCAUGGCUUCAUCUAAUUUCAUGGUUCCCUUUCUUUAUAGUAACUUGAAUUUUAAGUUCUGGUUUUACAAUCGGCUCCUUUUUUAGGCCAAUAGAAAAGAGCUAAUCAAGAAAUGCAAGUUAAGUACUUGUUGAAAGAAAACUGUAGCUCUGAGUUGAGUUUUAAGGGGAACGAUGUUUUAUUUGAAGUUGAAUGAACAGAUAGAGCAAAGCAAGGUUAGGACUGUGUGGAGAAAGAGAAAUAAGAUUGCAAUGAUCAAAUUUCCAACUGCCAUGACUGAAUGGCGGUAACUUCCAUCUUUUGACUACAGGGGGUGUAAUUAGAAACUUAGGGUGCAAGUUAGGUUUAUUGGCUAUAGUAUUAAGAGACCUGGAUGUAUUUUGUGUAUUAAUUUACAUGUAAUACCUCUUAUAUAUUAAUAUAUGAUGAGUGCAGCAUACUCUCUACAUGUAUAGCCCAACUCUUCUCACAUGGUGGAAAUGUUACAUUGGUUCUUGUUUAUCCUACGGGACUUAAA